CGAGGACUUUGGUCGCGUCGCAGCUGUGCUCCGCAGCCAGCGCAGCGAAAUUUCGCGUCGCGUGCCGAAGGAGUCGGGAAGUCUCGCCAUCCUCGUGGCGAUUUGCCUCGUGUGCUACAAUAUGCAGAUUCCCCGAGAGAGCAGUAAAAAAUGACAACCAAUCCGGAACGCGCUGCCAAUGCAAGCGAUAUGGAUUCCGUUGAAGGUGAGGAUAGUAACAACGAUGUGGGGUCCAAGGUGAAUUUGUCCGGACGUCCAGUCAGGGCGACCGCAAUUUUACGUAGUACUGAUGUCGGGAUGUUAGGUACUCUUCAUCAUUUGUCUGCACAAGGAUUGGAGUUAGAGCAAAUGCAGUCUCUUCCUGCUGCCGUUAAACGCAGGAUCAAAGCACUGAAACAACUGCAGCUUGUCACCACUAAUAUUGAAGCCAAAUUCUAUGAGGAAGUACAUGCUUUGGAAUGCGAGUAUUCUCAAAUGUGCGCACCCUUGUAUCAGAAGCGAAGCGAGAUAAUAUCUGGCGCUUACGAGCCGACGGAUGAACAAUGCGCUUGGGAGAGCGAUGAGGAUGAGGAAGGUCUGGUCAACGACUUGAAAAGCAAGGCGAAGAUCGUGGAUAAGAGUGCAGAGAAGAAGGAUGAAACGGAUAACGAGGCCGAUAUUAAGGGUAUCCCAGAUUUUUGGCUAACGAUAUUUAAGAAUGUAGGUACAUUAGCCGAAAUGGUGCAAGAUCACGACGAGCCAAUCUUGAAACAUCUAACUGAUAUUAAAGUAAAUUUCUUGAAAUCGAAUCCAAUGGGUUUCAUUCUCGAGUUCUAUUUCUCGGCCAAUGAUUACUUCUCGAAUACAGUACUCACUAAAGAGUACAUCAUGAAGUGUGCUCCUGAACAAAACGAUCCUUUCAGUUUCGAAGGGCCUGAGAUCUUUAAAUGCAAGGGCUGUACGAUCGACUGGAAGAAAGGCAAGAACGUUACGAUAAAAACCAUCAAAAAAAAUCAGAAGCAUAAAUCCCGGGGAUCUAUGCGUACCGUGACCAAAAUUGUCCGGAAUGAUUCCUUCUUUAAUUUCUUCACGCCGCCAAUUGUGCCAGAAGAGGCGGAUGCUGAUUUAGAUGAUGAAACCCAAGCUUUAUUGACCAGCGACUUCGAAAUAGGUCAUUACAUUAGAGAACGUAUAGUUCCUAGGGCUGUGCUCUAUUACACAGGCGAAGGCUUGGAAGAUGAGGAUGAAGAUUACGAGGAGGAAGAAGGCGAUGACGAGGACGACGAUGAUGAAGACGAGGACGAAGAUGAUGAAGAAGAGGCGUCCUCUCCUACUAAUGCGCCUUCAGGUGGGAAACAAGGCGAUGAUACCAAUGAGUGUAAACAACAGUAGAAUAACAAUUUAACGAUUUGCGAUGUAAUGGAGGAGAUCCAUCAUUUAUACAUUGCAUACGUGCAAAAAGCAACACACUAACACUAACGAACACUCGAUUCCGAUAACUGCCUAGAUAAUCCUGCACCUUUACGGCUCCAAUGUAAUCCCAAUUUGUAUCAACCAUCUAAUCAUAUCAUAUCUCGUAUUCCAGAUCAAGCCUAGAUUCUUCAACAUACCGGUGAUACAAAAAACAAAAAAUGAAAGAAAUUACGCGUACCACACUUCCCCCCUUACUCGCCGUUGACGAUGAGUAGAAUAUACGCCUCAUUACCUGCUAAGGUCUAAUGUCAUAAGUAUAAUAGAUCUGCUCCGCUCUCGAACACACACCGAUUAUUGUCAUUUUUAAUUGCUUCAUUUUAUACUAUUGUUACGUUUAUAUACGCAGACAGAGGUUGUUUGAAUUCUUUUUCGAAACGCACGUUGCUCUAUGGACAAAUUUUUGGGUACUGUUGAAGCAUUUUUAAUACAAAAGUGAAAAAAGAAA